CGACUUAUAGUACGAUUUCUUGUCUCUGUUUGCUGCCACAGCGCUUGCUCAUUUAGAAUAUUUGCGAGAUUUGUUGGAACCUUAACAAAAUCGAUAAAUCAUGCCUCUCGUACAACUCAACCCCGGAUCCGGCGAUUGGCACGAUGUCAAACAUGCUGCCUUGAUAGUAUGGAAAGCCUCUCAAAUUCCAGACGUUACUGCUCUGCAGAACGAUCUUCGCAACCACUACAUGAAUCCUGCCUCAACGACCAUUGAUAUCCACACUGGCAUCAAUCAGUUCCGCAAAGCUAUUCUCGUGCACAACCACGAGACAAUCGUCAUUGCCUUUCAAGGGUCUGCAGAUGAUGAGAUUCAUAAGAACCUGUGGACCGAUGGCAAGGGCCCAAACUGGUGGGAUUUUCCAUAUCCGGUCCAUAUUAACGGGAAUCGAGUCCACUGCUUCUACUUGGGCAUGUGGAAUGGGAUGAAAAGCGCCGUCUUCUCCGCUCUCGGCGACGCAAUCGCUGCCAUGCAUGAUCAUGACAUGGUGCCGAAAAAAGUAAUCAUUGCUGGAUACUCCAUGGGCGGAGGUGUGAGCACUCUGGCAUUCACAGAUAUUAUCGAACAUAUCCGCCACAGCUAUGGCUCUCAAGCUUCAUCUCCGCAAGACUGGGCCUCCGAUCACACCCUUGGAUCGCUCAUCCAACACCUCACGUUUGCGAGCAGGGGAGCAGGAGAUCAGGGCUAUCUCACCUUGCUCAACAACCUUUAUGCGCGGUAUCAGAUCCGAGCGUGGGAUUUCUUGAAUCACUGGGAUCAGACGCAACAUCUUCCUCCAUAUCACUUCCGAUGCUGGAGAGGUCAUCGUUAUAUCUUGCCGCACGAGGUUACUCACCAGUUUGGGGCUGGAUUUGGUCCGCUGGGCCAUUGGAUUCAGGGGUAUUAUCAAGCUGCGGAGUGGAUGACCGACUAUGGAUCGGACCAGGUAAGGUCGGCCUAUCUAAGCGGUUAUGCCUAAAGUCACCAUCGGCUUGUGGCUUUCCGUAUGUUGGGGCACGCGCAAUCGGAGGACGCCAACUUGUAACGUAGGUGCUGGGGUUAUUGCGGCGGAGGUAGUUAUUGAGGCUAAGUCGAUGUAGCUUAGUGCCGCGAACACCAAAAGUUUGUAUGACACCAAGCAUUUCCACACACAAUCACGCAGAAUAACACUGAAAGAAGGAAUAUUCACGGUUUUUUGAAGCUCUACGUUUGUAUGGAGCUUCCGUAUAUAGCGAAUAACUUGGUGGAGUGGUUAUACGUCGUUGUCCUCGCUCUCCGUGCUGCCAUCGCUCUCUACCGCGUCUCAUCACU